AUGGCUGCACAUGCGAAACCAGGGGAUUACGGCGGUGCCCUCCGACCCGGGGAAGGAGACGCGAUGGCUGCCUUCGUUCAGAGUGGUAAGCGCAUCCCUCGUCGAGGUGAGGUUGGCCUCUCUGCAGAUGAGAUCUCCAGGUUUGAGGACCUCGGAUACGUGAUGAGUGGAUCGAGGCACUCACGCAUGAACGCGAUUCGCAUCCGAAAAGAGAACCAGGUGUACAGCGCGGAGGAAAAGGCGGCGCUCGCGAUGAUCAAUUACGAGGAGAAGGCGUUGCGAGAGCAAAAGGUGAUGGCGGAUCUUAAACAGCUCGUGAAGCAAGCGACCGGAGAGGACCCCGGCAACUGA